AUGAAGCAAUUGCUUUUGCUUUCUAUCACUCUAACUACAUUAACAUGUCAUGUCAUUGACAUCGAGUUGACCGAGGUUGAACAAGGUAUUUUUUUACUGUAUGUUUAGUACUGCAUACUGUCCAUUUUUACUAUUAAUUUAUAUAUGAUACGUAAUUAACAUUAAAAAAGAUAUUAAAGCUCCUCAACGUUACUAUGACGUGUACAAUGCCAAUCUCACCAACCAUAGAAAUGCUGUUUAUAUGGGUCAAAUCUCGUUGGGUACUCCACCUCAAAACAUCAGAGUCAUAUUUGAUACUGGUAGUACCAUACUUUGGGUACCAUCAGUCAAGUGUAAAUCGACCGGAGUACUGGUCAAUAAUUGCAAAACCGGAUCUAAUUUGUUCAGUUUCCGAAAAUCGACUACUGCCUCUAACACAACAUACACAUUCGAAGAGAAGUACGGUGCUGGGAAGGCCAAGGGAUGGGUUUUUGGCGACUUAUUGGCGGUGAGUGUACUGUAAUUUUUUGAUAUAUUGAAGAAGCCAUUGUUACCUAAAAUAACAUUUUCAAUUCUAGUUCGGUGCUCCAGACACCAAAAACCUUAAAGUCCGUUCCAAAGUCCACUUCGGUCUUGCUACAGAAAUUGAGUACAGUGACGAUGCCAUCUUUGGCCUGCCCUCCCAGGACUACUACAACCCCUAUGGCAAUGUCCACAAGUCCAUCUUCCAUCAGGCCUACUACGAAGGUCUCUUCAACAAUCCAAUCUUCACCAUCCACAUGAACCGAUGUAACAGUACCAAGUGUCGCAAGAGUGGUAAGAUAACGUUUGGAGAUGUGGAUCGACAGAAUUGUGACAGUUUCAUUCACUGGACUUCUGUUGAUUACCGUAACCCUGGAUGGGUGUUUAGAGCGAAUGGGCUUAAGAUCAACAACAACGUGCAUUUGUUUAAUACGGCUGUUGUCAGUGAUAGUGGUACUACCAAUAUCGUAUUACCUACGGCAUUGUGUAACAAUGUUAUUGGGGAUUUAAAGCCUAAAAAGAUUCGGGAUGUAAGUUACAGUGUUAUCAUAAUAUAACAUAUUCUUAUAUAUUAUGCCUUCUAAAAAUGUUCAUAUUAAAAACAUUUCUUCUCAAAAUAAAAAUGAUCAAAUUUCAGAACACCUACAUCUUGCCCUGUAAUACCACUACUUACUUUGCUGUAGCCAUAGAUCAACAAGAGUUCCCAAUCAACACAAAAGAACUUCUGAUUCCGUUAAACGCUGAAGAUACGAAGGCCGAAGGCAGUGAUAUGUGUAGAUUGGCAGUCAGUUGUUCGUCCAAGAGCGAGUACGUGUUUUUAGGAGAACCAUGGAUAAGAUCGUACUGUCAAGUACAUGACAUUCAAAAAUGCAGAAUCGGGUUCAGUAGAACAAAAUGUAUGUAUAUUAUCGUAUAUAUAAUAAGAAUUAAAUCUUACUUCCUGAGCGUAUACUGGUAAUAGAAAACCUCAAAAUUACCUAUGUAUUUCACCUCGUAUUUUACGUUAAAAACCUAUAAUACUGUACAAUUACAGCACCAGACCAACAAAAUGA